UAAGGCUCUUAAUUAAGUGGAGAAUUAAUUUACUAAUCUUCUUGUUUUCUUUUUCUUUUUACUGUUGGGCCACUGUAACGAAGAUGAAUAAUACCGUACCGUAAAGAAGCGUAUACGACUCAUCACAGUGGUCCCACUUAAUCUCCCUCGCCUUCCUUCCUUCGUCCGUCCUUCCUUCCUUCCUUCCUUCUCCAUCAUAUGCCCCUCCUCCGCCUUAUUCCAUCCAUCCUCGAACUCACCGUACCAUCUUAUCUCUCUCUCUCUUCCGUCUUCUCUUCUUUUUAAUCUUCCCUCCUUCCCUUCCUUCUUUACGCCAUCCUUUCUUCCUCUUCUCUUCUCUUCUGCAUCUGCAUCAUCUCUUUACAGAGCCUCUGCCAUGCGCAUCCCCUCAUGGCUCGAUUCCUGCUCUUCCACCGCAGCGACAGCCCUCCAAUCUACCAAGAAACCGCCGAUACCUUCCGAUGAUACCAGUUCCUCCGAUUCACCUUCUUCUACCUCUCGGGACACCGCCUGCACCAGCACCACUAGCAGUCUUCAUAGCAACCUCUCCGUUCAGACCCACCCUUCUGUUCCUUCUCUCCAGAAGCUUCCUUCCCGCGGCACCACCUACGUCGUUUCUCAACAUUGCCUUGCUUCUCUAAACCCACACCCCUCUCACCCUCUCACCUGUCUCGCCAUCCACGGCGAUCUCCUUUACGCUGCAUCCUCCCACCACAUCACCGUCUACGAUCGCCGUAGCUGCACCCACCUCCGCUCCUUUGGCUCCCAACGUUCUUCUUCCGGAUCCACUAAGGCCCUUGCGUUUUGCAAUGGCAAGGUCUUCACCACUCACCAGGACUCUAAAAUUCGCGUGUGGAAAUUACUUGAAGAUAAGGGAUACCAGAUGGUCACUGCUCUUCCCACCGUCAACGACCGUCUACGUCGUUUUCUUCUUCCCAAGAACUACGUCGCCGUACGGCGUCAUCGGAAACAGCUCUGGAUCCAGCAUGCAGACGCCGUCACAGGGCUGGCCGUUAAUAACAACAUUAUUUACUCUGUGUCUUGGGAUAAGAGCAUGAAGAUAUGGCGAGCCUGCGAUCUGCGCUGCGUUGAGUCAGUGAAAGCUCACGAGGACGCCGUGAACGCGGUGGUUGUAUCCAAAGACGGAACGGUGUACACAGGAUCCGCGGAUAAACGGAUUCGGGUAUGGAGCAAACAGGACGGAGAGAAAAGGCACUCGUUGAUAGCGACGUUGGAGAAGCACAAGUCGGCGAUAAACGCCUUGGCGUUAAACGAAGAAGGGUCGGUGCUGUUUUCCGGUGCGUGCGACCGUUCGAUAUUGGUGUGGGAGAGAGAGCACAGUGCGAAUCAUAUGGUGGUGAGUGGAGCUUUGAGAGGGCACGAGAAGGCGAUCUUGUGUUUGAUCAACGUGCGUGAUUUGCUUCUGAGUGGGUCAGCAGAUCGGACGGUCAGGAUUUGGAAGCAGGGGGUUCAGGAAAGCUAUUGUUGCGUCGCCGUUCUGAUGGGUCAUCAGAAGCCGGUGAAAAGCUUGGCGGCCGUUACAGAAUCCGAAGCUUCUGAACCGAACAGCGACGUUUCGGUGUUCAGCGGUUCCCUGGACGGUGAGAUUAGGGUUUGGAGAGUUUCUCUCAAGGAAGACGUCGACGCGACCUCAACGACACUUCCGGUGGGCACAGAUGAUCGGCGACGGUGACGGAUAGAAUAUAACAAUGUUAGAAUUCUAAAUAGUAAAUACGAGUACUAUAAAUAAACACAAGUUGCAGAUGGAAACCGGGAGAAAAAAAACAAAAGAAAAUCCCAAGUUGCAUGGUGGGGGAAAAAAAUAUGAAAGGGAUAUAUAAAUGAGAUUUGACAGACGGGCCGGUCUUUAAUUAGGACGUAGCUUUAACCAUUUAUUAGUUUUGAUGGCAAAUUUGUUGAAAUUGCAAUUGAUAUCACUUUGAUUAUUGGUUGUUCUUCAAUUAAUGCUUGUAUCUAUCAACGACGAAUUGAUU